AUGGUGAUGCCCGUUUUUUUGCGCUGCGCACAAUAUUUCGGAUUCGUCUCCACCGAAAUUUCAACCUCGCUCUUACUUUGGCUCAUUCUCACAAAAGCGUCGAGUCGCUUCGGAGACUACAAGUGGCUGAUGCUCUCCUACGCGAUUUACUCGAUCAUUUAUGGAUUUGUGGAAAUUGCCGCUCAACCGGUUAGUUGUUUAGCACGUUGCUUAGCUUUUCACACGUCCUGGCCUAGAGACGUUUAAAAUCUUUCAGACGCUUAGAAAUAGGGUCCCAUGGCCUAGAGAAAUAGUGUGUAAAAUGAAGAGACACAGAGAAAAGGACUGUCAUAACUACCGUAUCACGAUUCAAUCGAUAGUUUUCGGUUACUGUAGGCUACUCCUACGACCCUUCCUUCAUCUCUUGUUUUCAACUUUUCCAGAUAAUGCACGUGGACGGAGCGUGUAUGUUCAUGUACGCCGACAGUUUUCUGAAACACAACAAGACCCUCGGACACCAGCUGACCUCCAUAUAUUGUGCAUCGUUCGGACUGUGCGUCUCACUUCUCGCCACCCAUUUUCUGUAUCGAUUUGUGGCGGUUUGCAGGCAUUUCACACACUUUUCUAUAAUCACACCUAUCAAAAAAAUGUUCAGACCAAACGAUUUGCACCGAUUCGAAGGCGUCAAAUUGUUGAAAUUGUACAUCUUACCCACUUUCGCAAGUGUUUUAUGGUAUUUAGUGUGUGCGUCGUUGGGACCGACACAACUCAAAUCGGAAUACAUGAGGUACACAAAACAGUUGGAGAUUUUGUGAUAUCAACUCUUUCAGGGAUGUGAUCUGGGAGAACUAUCGUGAAAACACGUCCGAAGUUGGCUACAUGGCUGUUUUGUAUUAUGUGAGUGUAACUCGGUUAUUUUCGAAUAUUUUUAGGGAGUUAAAAACGAUUUUGAAAGAUAAUUUCAUGCUCUACAACUUUCUAGUUGAUUAUUUUUCACGAUUAAAACUCUCCGCCGAGGUAUUUGCACUUUUCUGAAACUCAUUUUGUGACAAUUGUAAGGGUCGCGUUUUUGUCGAAAUACUAUAAGACAGAGACAAUUUAACAAAACGUUGUCAAUUGGAAAGUUGUAGAGCUUGAAAUUAUCUGUCAAACUCUUUUUUAACUUUGAAAAAAUAUUAAAAAUUGACAGAGAAACAAUGUUUUUCAGUACACCGAUAAUCUCGGAAACUUGGUGAUUCACUGGUGGGACCUUCUUUGCGUUCUUCUUGUUUUUUGCAUUAUGGUACGUCUACUGAAUGAUUUGUGCUAAUCGAAACGUUUUUCUAGGGAAGCUGUAUAAUGACAAUGUUGACGUGCGGCUGCAAAACGUUUCAUAAAAUGGAUAGUGUCGGCUCGUUGAGCAAAAAAACUAGAGAACUGAACCGACAACUGUUUCGGACUCUUGUUUUGCAGGUUUGUCCGAUUUACACGUUUUUUUUUUGUUUUUUUUGUGCUCGACCCUCUUCAAAAGAAGGAUUAGACACGCUAAAACCCGCCCCAAAAAAAAAAAGACCAGAGAAGCCCGGCCAGUGAAUUGUGAAUUUGCAGACGCUGGUCCCGUUCUGCACAAUGUUCGCCCCGGUUGGAUCCCUACUGAUCGUUCCGAUGUUCUCGAUAAAAAUCGGAAAAGCGGCGAAUAUGCCGAGUAUGUACGCCUCUUUGUACCCGGCUCUCGACGCGUCGAUUGCCAUUCUAAUGAUCCGAGACUUUCGCGAAACUGUACUCUGUAAGCGUUUUUGCUCUGAAUUUUCGCUUAAAUGAAUCGAAUUUUCAGGUCGCCGAAGAUUCGGAAGACGGAAGAACACUGUGAAUACAACGACGGAAUCCACGAGUCACAUGCCUGAAUAA